CGGGGAAGUCGCGCAUGCGCGAGUGUAUGCGUUGCCGGCGAAGAGGGGAGCCUGACGACUCAGAAAUUUGAAUACCACAGUAGCAUGGAGUGUGACCUCAUGGAGACUGACAUCGUGGAGUCAUUGGAAGAUCUAGGUUACAAGGGCCCAUUGUUGGAAGAUGGAGCGCUCUCUCAGGCAGUCUCUGCUGGAGCCAGUUCCCCCGAGUUUACCAAACUCUGUGCUUGGCUGGUGUCUGAAUUAAGAGUGCUCUGUAAACUGGAGGAAAAUGUGCAAGCAACUAACAGUCCGAGUGAAGCUGAAGAAUUCCAGCUUGAGGUGAGUGGGCUACUAGGGGAGAUGAACUGCCCGUAUCUUUCACUGACAUCUGGGGAUGUGACCAAGCGCCUUCUCAUUCAGAAGAACUGCCUCCUCUUGCUCACAUACCUCAUCUCAGAACUAGAAGCUGCCAGAAUGCUCUGUGUGAAUGCUCCUCCAAAAAAAGCUCAAGAAGGAGGCGGUAGUGAGGUCUUUCAAGAGUUGAAAGGCAUAUGUAUUGCUCUAGGAAUGUCCAAACCUCCAGCCAAUAUAACUAUGUUCCAAUUCUUCAGCGGGAUUGAAAAAAAAUUAAAGGAAACAUUAGCAAAAGUUCCACCUAAUCAUGUGAGAAAGCCUUUACUGAGGAAGCCAAUGGGACCAGCCCACUGGGAAAAGAUAGAAGCAAUUAACCAAGCCAUAGCCAAUGAAUAUGAAGUCCGGAGAAACCUGCUAAUAAAACGUUUGGAUGUCACUGUACAGUCCUUUGGCUGGUCUGACAGAGCUAAGAGCCAGAUAGAAAAAUUAGCCAAGGUUUACCAGCCGAAACGUUCGGUCUUAUCCCCUAAAAGUACUAUUUCUGUUGCCCAUCUUUUGGCUGCAAGGCAGGACUUGUCAAAGAUUUUAAGGACAAGCAGCGGCUCUAUAAGAGAAAAAACUGCCUGUGCCAUCAAUAAGGUGUUGAUGGGCAGGGUGCCUGACAGAGGUGGUAGACCCAAUGAAAUCGAGCCUCCACCCCCAGAGAUGCCACCAUGGCAGAAGAGGCAAGAUGGCUCCCAGCAGCAAACAGGAGGCCGAGGAGGAGGGAGAGGUGGCUAUGAACAUUCCUCAUAGGGAGGACGAGGAGGUCAUGAACAAGGAGGCGGGAGAGGUGACCAUGGUGGCCGAGGGGGAGGAAGAGGAAAUAAGCAUCAAGGAGGCUGGACAGAUGGAGGGAGUAGAGGAGGAGGUGGCUACCAAGAUGGUGGUUAUCGAGAUUCAGGUUUCCAGCCAGGUGGCUAUCAUGGUGGCCACAGUGGUGGCUAUCAAAGUGGAGGUUAUGGUGGCUUCCAAACAUCUUCAUAUACAGGAAGUGGAUACCAGGGUGGUGGCUACCAGGAGGACAAUAGAUACCAAGGUGGUGGGCACCAUGGUGAUCGUGGUGGUGGUCGUGGAGGGCGAGGGGGUCGUGGAGGGCGAGGUGGUCGUGCAGGCCAGGGCGGAGGCUGGGGAGGAAGAGGGAGCCAGAAUUAUCACCAAGGGGGUCAAUGUGAACAGCAUUUCCAGCAUGGAGGUUAUCAGUAUAAUCAUUCUGGAUUUGGGCAGGGAAGACAUUAUACUAGUUGA